AGGACGCAUCUGCAGGCUGCAGGAGCAGAGCAUUAUGAGUUUACACGGAUACUCUGAAACUUAGCUUUUCUUCUCAGCUCACCGGAUAUCCUUCAAACAGAGAUGAAGGAUAUUUAAGUGAAAGACAAGUGGCAACCCCGGCUCAUUUGAAAAAUACUUGCUUUGUCACAUUCAGUCUCCUUUAAUUGCGUUCAUAAUGGGAUUACACAUAUUUGGCACGCCAUUUUACGCAUAUGCGUGCGUCUAUUUAUUUGUUUUCCUCCUGCAAGCUGCCCAGUCUCAGAGAAAUCCGGGGACACAACGAGAAAAUAGCCAAAGAGGGGUUCUACAGUGGUCACACAACGGCAAGAUUUUUAGAAUUGUAAGCCAUGGCUCGGAGUAUCGGCCACCGAGGCGGAGGGGCGCACCUCAGGAGCAAGUGCAGGAGCGACCUGUCACCAUCAUCCGAGAUGCGGACGUGAGACAUCCGGACUCCCAGAGCCAGCCGGCGACCCAACCGCAGCAGCCUCCCCGUCGUGGCCCCACUCCGCACAGACCCCGCGACCGAGUGCCUCUGUCCCAAAGGCUCCUGACAGGGCAUGAGCGCGAUGACCGGCCCGGUGAGCGCCCGGGGACGCAGAGGAGCAACAGAGUCAAUGAGACCCAGGAGAAAGUCACUGUCAGUCCACCUCUUCCCAGGAGAGAAGACAUGAUGGUCGGUGACGAUCCCUACGACCCAUACAAGUCCAUUGACGGUGAUAAUCCAUAUUACAAUUACUAUGACGUUUACGAGAGACCGAGGCCGAGAUCGAGACCCGGAUAUGGCACAAGUUAUCAUCAGUACGGUCUUCCUGACCUUGUACCUGACCCGUACUACAUUCAGGCCUCGGCUUAUGCCCAGAGAGUCCCGAUGUAUAACCUGAGAUGUGCAGCGGAGGAAAACUGUUUGUCAAGCUCAGCCUACAGAUCCAGUGUUAGAGACUAUGACACCCGUAUGCUGCUGAGGUUCCCUCAAAGAGUCAAGAACCAGGGGACAGCUGACUUCCUCCCCAGCAGGCCACGCUACUCCUGGGAGUGGCACAGCUGUCACCAGCACUACCACAGCAUGGACGAGUUCAGCCACUACGACCUGCUGGAUGCCAUGACUCAGCGGUCAGUGGCUGAGGGCCACAAGGCCAGCUUCUGCUUGGAGGACACCUCAUGUGACUAUGGAUACUACAGGCGGUAUGCCUGCACCUCGCACACCCAGGGCCUGAGCCCAGGAUGUUAUGAUACCUACAACGCAGACAUCGACUGCCAGUGGAUUGACAUCACAGAUGUGAAACCUGGAAACUAUAUCCUCAAGAUCAGUGUAAAUCCAAACUACCAUGUUCCAGAAUCAGACUACAGCAACAACAAUGUGCGCUGUGACGUUCGCUACACUGGCAACUAUGCCUACGUGUCAGGUUGUCACAUGUCAGCAUAUUAAGAGAUGACGUCAUUCACAGCAACUCAGCUGAGGGAUUCUGUAAAAGACAAUGAAGAGGACUGCAUACGAAAACAUGAAAAAACAACACAAAAUAAAAUUUGUAAGACUUGCAUUCAUUUUAUAAUUUAAAAUACUCCCAAUUUAUAUAAAAAUAAAACAUCUGACAUCGUAGUGCCAGAUAAUUUUGAAUUCUUCUUUUUUUUUCCUUGUGGGGAGAAAGUAGUUUUCUUUUCCUCCUUACUGAAAGGUAUGUUCUUUUUUCUGCCUUUCUUUGAGACUUUUCACUUUCCUUACUUUCUUUUGCAUUGCACUAUCUGCUUGCAUUUCUAAGAUAGCUAAGGAAUAAAAUCCUUGAAACUUAGAAGCCUAAAACAGCUAAAUGCACACAUAAGCGAGCUUGCCCUCAUUUUCAAGUCAAUAUCAAUUAUAUCACAAUUUUAGAAUGAACCACUAGUUUAAGGGAAAAUGUAUUUGUUAUAUUUAUAUGCAACGGAAGAAACUCUCUUUACUCCAAAGCUUUUGAUGAAACUUGAAUAAAACUUU